AUGGAAACCGUAUCUGCGACCGCUGAUGCAAGCGCUACUGAGAGCACCGAUGCUCAUGACCCCAACCCAACCCUCGCUUCGACACCAGUGAAGUCGGAAAGGAACACGAAUGAAUCAACAAGGGCAUCAUCUGAUGAGGUAUCAUCCUCACUGAUCGACCCGUACCACGACCCUUCAGACAGUCAAUCUCAAGAUGCAGCCCAUGCCCUCGACGGAGGACAUAUUGGCAUACCUCACUUGCUCGAGGAACGAGACAGUCCCCAGCAUCCGAGCAGUGUUUCUCGUGAUGAUACAAUCGGAAAGUCCGAUGAAGUAGGGAUCAGCUCUUCCAAGUUGAUCGAAGAGAUCCGGAUGUUGAGAGAAAAGGUGUCCAACAUCGAAGAACAGGCCAAACCGAGGCCUAACUAUUCAAUGCUAGAGGCCGAAUGGAGAACAGCGAGAGAGUUGUCCGGCACCUACGAAGAAGCGGUACUCUGGAAGUGGUUCUUGACACAAAGGAAAGAGCUCGCUGAAAACUCAGACUCUGUCUGGUCAUAUCGAGGCCGGACCUACACGCUGGACCUGAGUCGCCUUGCGCGAGAGAUGCACGAGGACCCAGUGUAUGAGAGCGAUGUUUUGAGGUGGAGGAAGAGCUGGGAACAGAAACUUCGGCCACUAAGUCUUCUGCCUUCUGGGAAUGAACGAUUAAGAAGGAUGAGAGAAGUGGACUGCAGCCGCUUGGAUGAUGCUGACGAGCAAGAAUAUGGUGAGGGGGGAUUUGAAGACAGCGACUCUGAUGGGUCAUUGGAUUUCGAGUACAACCUCACUAUUCUCCGCCAGAGAUACUUGCAAAAGGUCGACCGCCUACAUGAGGAAAGAGACGUCAUGUUGCAGCAGAAACUUGUAAAAAAGCGACAACGAGCGAAGGAGUUGGAAGCUAUUCAUAAUGAGAAAAGGAGGGCAAAGCAGUUGGAGGCCCUUCAAAACGAGAAAAGGAGGACAAAUGAGUUGGAGAUCCUUCACAACGAGAAAAGGAGGGCAAUGGAAGAGCUGCAGACUGCAAGGAAAGGAGAAGAAGAACCGGAAGACCUAGUCCAAAAAGAAUCAGCAGUCCCAGCCGAGGACGUAUCAGGAGCUCUCUCUACUUCUGCCCAAGAUACAAUGGAAGAGGCCACAAACGAACCACUGGCGCCAUCCCAUGCAUUUCCAAAGCUCCACCGCGUCGAUUGGAUUGGAUUCAAAGCUCUUCGAGAUGUCAGCGAAGAAGACUCGUUCGCCAUCGACGUCUUAGUUGGCGAACCUGUGAUCAGUCUGGGCUUUCCCCGUCGUCCAAAGCGAUCUACAAAGGCCAAGUGGACCGUUGACAAAGAUCAAAUCUCUCCGGACGUAGCUACUACUACAAAGCAGCCCGCGGCCUUGACUGGACAGUCCCCUCUUCCGGAACGCAUUCGCAUACAUUCAAAGCAGCUCAUCCGCAUCCUUGAGAAGAUACACGGAGAGAGUAUCGACUUCACUAGACCAUUAGUCAUCAUCCGCCCUUUCAGGGUCCUUAUGUACUAUAACCAAGCACUACGCAAUUGGUAUCAGAAACUAGAGAAGAAAUUCACUGUCUCAGACACCUCAAAGAGUAACUCCACUGAAGAUGCCGAGAGGCCUGAAGAUGACGACCCAGAUGACGACUCAACUUCACAAACGGCGUUUGAUCAUCUACGCUGUCUGCUGGAAUUCAUGGAUACCGACAUUGCCAACAAAUUGACAUACUUGAGGGACACAGGGAGCCUGAAGAUCUUCUUCUCUGAUAUUUGGCACCUUUUCAAGCCAGGUGAUGAGGUCAUUGCAAAUGACGGAAAACAAGUUUACAGAGUCAUUAGCAUCACCAGCGCGGCGCAUAGAGUUGCUUCAUAUGGCUUGGCCUACUGGACUCAGUCACCCGACGAUGAAGACAUACCUAUUGCGGUCGACUGCGUGUACGUCGAUUUUGAUGGAAAGAGACUCGGUCCGAUUGGCAAGCAGUUCAUCAUAAAGAGGUUCGACAAUGAGAGAACUGUUACUUCCCUCGAGGUCUACCCACUCCGGUUUCAUAUCUCCAGGAGAGGGCAGUUGACAGAUGAUGGGAAUGGUGACGAAAGCUUUCGACAACAGCUCAUCGCCCGGGGUCGAAAAUUCGCAGAGAUAGCCGCGGCUACACACAAGCACAUGUACUAUGCCGGACAAGCUCUUGAGACGAGAGAAGAUAUCGAAAGCCAAGUUGUCGUGGAUUUCGAGUUAGCACUAUCUGCGGAAGAAAACAAGGACAAGGAAUGGACGCCAGUCAUUGAAGAAAGGAUCAACUUUGAGUCUAAAAAGAAAAAAGAGAAGGAACCUUGCCGAGCAGAAUGCUGCCGACACGAGAAUAUUCACGAUGAUUCCUUCGUGGAAACGAAACGCAACGAGGAGUACGUGGCGAGCCUCUUUCCAGAUUCUCGCGAGAGGCUCCCUUCCGUGGCCAUUUUCCCCCGGUCAGCGCAGGACACCAAGUCGCCCGAAAAUAGAUUAUUUGAAGAGGACUUGAUUAUCAUGUCCUACCGAGUUUUCGCAUUUGUCCUUCGCACCCGUAAAUGGGAGAAACUGGAUCUUACCCAUCUGAGCGAUGUCAAAAGAUCAGAUAGGAGUGGAGAAGGCACUGCUCAUGAAAAGGAGGACAAAACCGCCUUCGAUCGCCUUGUCCUCCCCAAAAACCACAAGGAAAUGGUAGAGUCUCUGAUUUCACAGCAUUUCCGUGACAAGGAGUCCUCGCAAAGCAACACAGACCAAUUUGAUAUCGUACGUGGAAAGGGAAAGGGCCUGAUCCUGCUCCUCCACGGCGCCCCAGGUGUGGGGAAGACUAGUACAGCAGUAUUCCUCCGAGUCUUGGAGUACUACGCCGGGAUCCUGUUCCUCACCACCAACCGCAUCGGCGACUUCGACGAAGCGUUCGCGUCACGCAUCCAUAUCAGCCUCUAUUAUCCACCACUGGACCAGGAGUGUACGAAAAAAGUUUUUCAACUGAACUUAGAGAUGAUCGAAGAGCGUAUGAAGAACAAAAACCGGGAAAUUGAGAUCAAGAAGGAAAAGAUCAUCGCCUAUGCUGGGGACUAUUGGGUUGGCCACGAAAACGCGCGGUGGAACGGACGCCAGAUCAGGAACGCUUGCCAAACAGCUUUGGCACUGGCAGAAUUUGAAGCCCACGGCGGAAGUGCAAUGAACCCGAACUCCCUCGUCAAGCUCAAGCCCAAGCACAUUAUAAAGGUCGCCGAGUCAUACCUUGAGUUUACGAAGUACCUUAUCGACUUGUACGGCACUGAUGACAACCGGCGAGCCAUGGAAAGCGGACUUCGGAGACACGAUCACAUCUUCCAUGGUCAAUACAGUCGCCCGCAACAUUUCCAAGAUUUGGCUCUGAAGUUUGCAACCACUCGGAGGCAACAUGCGCCUGCGGAGAGUAGUCGUAGGCCUGGCGGCUAUCGGAUGAGUUCUCACCAUUCAGACUCUCCUGAAAACAGACCUAAAGCUCCAAAGCCGAGGCGCUCCUCACCUGCUGGUGCGCCGGCACCUUAUGACAGCUCCUCCGAUGAAGAACUGCAGGGCGAUCAUCCACAGCAUCGAGUCUUGUAUAGCCGAGAUACAACCACAAUGCGGGACCCGCUCGAUCAUAGCGAUGGGUAUAAAUGGAACCAGUAG